CUUGACGACGCCGGGGAGAGCAGAAGCGUGUGUUUGAGAUUGGGGUUUAUCAAUUCAGACCCUUCUUGUGAUGUUAAAAGAAAUGGAAAACUCAAGCUCUUCAAAUACCAGCACAUUCUUGGACUCUGAGUUCCGUUACACUCUAUUCCCUUUGUUCUACGGUAUCGUGUUUGUCCUGGGGCUGAGCACAAACGUCUACGUGCUAUACGUCCUGCGCCACCUGCGAGAUGCACGAGCCAUGAGCGAGGUCCGCAUCUACAUGACCAACCUGACAGUGGCCGAUCUGCUCUUUGUCACCGCCCUGCCUUUCUGGAUUGGCUACUAUGCCCGCAGGGGUAACUGGGUCUACGGCGACGCCAUGUGCCGGAUCACUGCCUCCCUGUUCUUCAUCAACACCUACUGCUCCAUCCUCUUCCUUGCCGUGAUCAGCGUCAACCGCUACUGGGCUGUGACGCGGCCACUGGAGGCUGCCAAGUCAGACCACUGGCGGCGAGGUGUGUGUGUGUCGGUGGGCAUCUGGGCAUGCACGCUGUCUGCCACCAUCCCUUACCUGGUCCAACCUGGCAUACAUGUGGACGGCAACGUAAGCCGCUGUCUUGAGGGCUACCACAACGAGACGCGCAAAACACGCCUCGCUGUGGCUGCUACGCACUUUGUCAUCAUUGCGCUGUUUUUCGUGGUCUUCCUGCUGGUCGUGGUGUGCAAUGUGCUGAUCGCUCGGGCUCUUCUCACUCAGCCGCUCAUCAAGGAGCGCUCCAUAGUGCAGGGCACAUCUGGUGGUGGCAGUUCCAAAAUUCAGCCCAGCGGGACCAAGCGCCGGGCGGUUCGCAUGCUGUGUGCAGUCAUCACUGUGUUCGCCGUGUGCUUCCUACCGCACCAUGUGGUGCAGGGGCCAUGGGCGCUGGUCGUGCUGCACCUGGCCGACGGCUGGUCACAGAGCACCAGGCAGCGCCUCAAUGACGCACACCAGGUCACCAUCAUGCUCAUGGGGCUUAACUGCCUUCUGGACCCCGUGGUCUAUUGCUUUGCCACUAGGAAGUUCCGCCUGUAUGUCAUUAGCCACUUCGGCAGGUUCAGCAGGGGCAAGGGAUGCCAAAAGACCGUCACUACCAACAUCUCCAUGGCCAACCAAAAUCAGAGCAUUCCCUCUAAUGAAUCAGAUAAGGACCCACCCAAAAUAUUGGUAGAUUCCUCCCUACCUCUUCCCAAAACAAAUACACCAGUUACAGAAUAAAUACAUUGGUUACACGAGGUACACUUGUGUAGGUGUGUGAACUUACUUUACGCAGUGCAGCUCAGAAUGUAACUUGGUUAAAACCCAUAUCCUGCAUAAUGAUGUACCCUUUCUAAAAUGGAAUUGCGGGUGCUUAGUUGUUCAUACUUCCUUCCAUGUGGUGAACAUUAUGCAUAUUUUUAGAUUUGUACAGGAAAUACCAAAAAGAAAACAUAGAAAAGAUAUUUGAAAGUAGCUGUGAAAGAAAACAUGCAUUUCACUCAACAGCCAACUGCACUUAUUUCAUUUUCAAACUGACAAUGGCCCUAAUAUAAAAGGUGGGGAAAGUGCAAAGUCUUAUUCAUGAACUAUAACUAUCAUGUAGCACUGAGUUGACUCAUCAAUGUUUCCGCUUAAAGUCUUACCCAUGAUGUAGGUCAUCAUUAAAUUAGGGCUGAAUAUGUCUUAUUUGAAGUGACUUAAUCCCAUUCAGGGAAGCAUUUCUGUUCUGGCAGCUAAUAUUGAAUAGUAUGUGUGUUAAAGGUGUGCAUGUGAAGCUUGUCAAGCCUGCUGUGAACUGUUUUAAUAAUUGUGUGACUUCUUAAAUAAGUUUGUUUGGCUAUUAGUAGGCUAUUUAACAGAAUUAAAGUACUUAUUUAAGAAAUAGAUUGCUUCUUCUCAAGCAUAAUAUCUAUACUACAUUGUGCCUUGGGUGACAUAGUAACG